AUGCCUGCCACCUCGCAUGCACCGGCCGCGCACCCUCCUGCCACACCCCCGCCUGCCGCACCCUCUGCUGCCGCACACGCGCAUGCACCGCCACCCAGCCUGCCACCUGCGCCUUCCUCUGUGCCGCCUGCCCCCACCUCUCUGAGGCCGGACCUACCUGGGCUAGGGGCGGUUGGCCGAGGCACUGCGCUGACUGCGGGCGCGGUGAGUGGCGGUACAAGGAGCAUGCCUCGCAGUGUGGGGGAAAUAGCGGGCAUGCAAGCUGGGGGCGUGCUGCAGCAGCCACACGUGCAUGUAGACCUGCCCACAGCACCAGCACCAGCACCACCAGCACCAGCACCAGCACCGUCUCAGGGCCGGCAUGGCAGAAGCACCAGCGGCGGGGCGGGGGGAGCAGCACGGCCGUCGCUGGGGGCGUCCAAGUCGGGCCCCAUCUCCGCCGCCGCCUACCUGGGCGCCCUCGCUGCCUCUGCUGGGCCCCUGGGAGGGCCGCUCACUGCUACAGCCGCCACAGGGGGGACUGUUGGGGGAGCAGGCAGCAUGGGGGCGGCGGUGCCAAGGGGGGCGGGGGCAGGCGUGGCGGGGCGGGGCAGAGCGCCUCACAUGGAGCCCUUUGCACCGCAGAUGUCCGAGCCUCUUCCCCGCCCCGAGUCCCUGCAGGCGCCCUCGGGCUCUGCCACUGCUACCCCACCCACACCGCCUGCAGCCGCAGCAGCAGCGCCUGCUGUCUCUGUCCCUGUCCCUGGCACCGCUGCUGCUGGCAGUCCCAAGCCCACCCCAGGCGGUGCCAAGCCGCCUCCUGCGAUGCCAGGCACUGCGCAGGGGGCUGCUGUGGGUGCUGGCGUGGGGGCAGGGUCAGGGCCGGGGCAAGGUGCAGCAGGCGGUGGCACAGGUGGGUCAGCAGCAGCAGUGGGAUCAGCAGCCGGUAGGGGACGGGGAGGACGGGGUGGGGGCGGGAGCAGCAGUGCAGGGAGGGCGCGAGUGAGCAUGUCCGGGCCCAUCCUGCGCGGCUCAUACCCCUAUGGCACGCCUGCCCUCUCUCCCCGACCCAUGCUCGCCACCGCCACCGCUCUCCCCACUGCGCCUUCUGCGGUUGGAAUCACCGCACCCAACUCCUUUGCACCCACCCCCUCAUUGCCCUCCCUGGCAGCACCAGCUCCAUCAGCACCACCAGUGGCAGGAGCAGCGGGCAGAACCCCAUGCGCUGUGCCGCCUGCCGUGCGCGUGCCACAGACCUCGUCUCUGAAAACUCCUGCCAGCACCCUGCAUGCGCUGGUGUCUCCACGUCCCUCCGCCGCUGCACCUGCACCAUUCCACCUGGCCCCCUCCACGCAUGUCCCGGUGGGCGUGGGCAGCCGCGCAGUGAGUGGCCCCAUCACACGCGGGUCGCUCUACUCCGCCUUUGGCCUCAUGGGGGACGCCCGCCCCGCCUCCUCCACUACCGCUGCUGCUACUGCUGCUGCUACUGCUGCUGCUGCUGCUGCUGCUGCUGCUGCUGCUGCUGCUGCUGGGCGAACAGCGCUGCCGGGAGCAGCAGGGAGCACUAGUGGGGCGAGUGCAGCAGCAGCAGCAGCAGCAGCAGGCGUGGCGGUGGAGGCGGGGUGA